CCCUCUCUGCCCACCAUAUGAAAACUUACAUGGAGGAGGUCACAGAUAUGGCGGCUGUUACGAUGGGAAAACUGACAACCAUACCUGCAGGUCUGAUAUGUGCAUCUCUAAGUGUACAUGCAGCCAAAGAAGAAGAAUUGAAAAAGCAACUAGUAAAACCAGGGCAGCUCUCCAUAUAUACCAACCCACCUCUGCAGUCUAAAUAUGUCAAAGAGCAGCCUGGUCAUUUACAAAUAGGCUUUGCAUCCAUCUGCAAAACAACUGGUUAUUAUAUUGGCUGGUGCAAGGGUGUUUAUGUCUUUGUGAAAAAUGGGAUAAUGGAUACAGUACAAUUUGGAAAAGAUGCUUAUGUCUAUUUGAAGAAUCCACCUAGAGAUUUUCUUCCAAAAACUGGAGUGAUUACAGUUUCAGGAUUAGCAGGCUUGUUUUCAGGAAGAAAAGGUUCUAGGUUUAAGAAAAUUGCUUAUCCUCUGGGACUGACCACUGUAGCAACUGUUUGCUACCCAGUUCAGUCAGUAAUAACUGCCAAGGUAACUGGGAAAAAGGCAUAUACUACAAACCAGCAAAUUUAUGAAGCAGUUAAAUCACUGUGGACAAAAAACAACAAAAAAGAAUCACUCCCUAAACCUAAAGAAAAAACUAAAAACUCUGGUGAAAUAGAAAUAUCCGCAAAAACUCACAACCUGAAACUUUCAGUGCCUUUGCCAACAGAACUCAUCUUUGAAAGAAAGACAAAAUCAGAAUCUACCUCAGGUGCUACACAGUUUAUGCCUGACCCCAAGCUCAUGGAUCAUGGGCAGUCCCAUCCAGAAGACAUAGAUAUGUACAGUACUAGAAGCUGAAAUAGUUUGCAUAGAGAACUACAAGAUGUGUGAAGUUGAAAAUAAUGAUGAAAAAAUCAUGUAAAGGGUAACUGUGAUACAUAGAAUAUAACCUAAACCAAGUUUUUCCCUUACAUCUUCUAAUGUAAUGUACAGUUUGACUAAUCACAUAAGUCAUUAAAACACAAACUGAAUUCAAUUCAAACAAUAUUAAAUGACUGACGAAGAGGCAGAAUUGGAAGUACUGGGAUGCAUUUAAUGAUUUUUAGCGGUGUUUAUAAAAAAAACCAAAAAUAGACUAAAUAUAUAAACAAUGAUACUAAAAUCUGAGCAAAUAUGUAUGUGGGCACAAAAAUAUUUACAUACAUACACAUACAUAUUUGCUUUACCUUUUUGAAACUAAUGUCAGCUAAAUUAGAAUGUUGGGUAGAAGGAUGUGUUCCCCACUUUUUCAUUUCCCAGAGCUGAAAUAAAAUAUCCAUAUUUUAUGACAAAAAAAAA